UCGACACAUUUGAGGAGCGGUGAUAUUAGAAUCUCCAACGUUGUUACAUCACAUUUAUCAGAAUGAAGUCAAGCAAUAGCGGAGCAUGCUAGUAAUUUGUAAUUCACAUGGCUCGUGGAAUUGAUUGACAGGGAUCGGCUGUUGGACUACUGUUGACUGUGAGAGGUUGACCACGACCAGCUUCAGCCGGACACGAUGACGGUGAAGGAGUUCCUGUCAACCACCAACAUCAAGGAGUGCAUGUCCCCCUCCGGACUGGGAGGGUGCAUCUCCAGAUGCCGUCAGUCCCGUCGCCUCGUUCUCAUCAUAGUAUUUAUAGCGUUGUUCCUCGACAACAUGCUCCUCACAACUGUCGUUCCCGUUGUGCCGAACUUUCUGAGGAGGCUGGAGAAAAGUCAAAGAAAGAAUACGACCACAAUAAAAUUGGUCAACCAGACAGUUCAAGUGUGCACGUUGGUCCCAGAUGAAAGAUAUAUUCCUACAACCGAUGUUCAAAAUAAUUCCGAGGAUUCUGUUGGUUAUUCGUGGGAUGGACUCUCGGACUUCCCCCGCCAUUACGUCAUGACGACGUCAGUGCCGUACAUAUGUGUAUAUAGCAAUCAGACAAACCUUACCAGCGUCAUCACGACGUCGGACAAUAAACUCGACCAUAAGGCGCUUGCCAAUGAAAAUGUGCAGGUUGGGCUUAUGUUUGCUUCUAAAGCUAUAAUGCAGUUAAUCACCAACCCGUUUAUUGGACCUCUGACAAACAGGGUUGGUUACAGUAUCCCAAUGUUUGUGGGAUUCUUUGUCAUGACAGUAUCAACUAUUAUUUUUGCCUUUGGACAGAGCUACACCGUGUUGUUUAUAGCUCGGACUGUACAGGGGAUAGGGUCCUCCUGCUCCAGCGUCGCCGGCAUGGGGAUGCUUGCUGACAGGUACCCGGAUGACAAGGAGAGAGGGAACGCUAUGGGUAUAGCACUUGGAGGGUUGGCAAUGGGGGUCCUUGUUGGGCCGCCGUUUGGUGGAGUGAUGUACGAGUUCACGGGGAAGGCAGUUCCCUUCCUCAUCCUGGCUGCCCUAGCUCUCCUUGACGGGUGCCUCCAGCUGCUGGUGCUGCAGCCUUGCGUCAAGCCGGAGUCCCAGGAGGGGUCGUCUCUCAAGAACCUCCUCAAGGAUCCCUACAUCCUUCUGGCUGCAGGAUCCAUUACGUUCGCCAACAUGGGCAUCGCCAUGAUGGAACCCUCCCUGCCCAUCUGGAUGUACGAGACCAUGGGUGCCAAGGAAUGGCAACAAGGCGUGGCCUUCCUACCAGCAAGCUUGUCCUAUCUCAUUGGUACCAAUAUAUUUGGUCCGCUGGCCCACAAGAUGGGGAGGUGGCUGAGCGCAAUGAUCGGAAUGUUCGUUAUUGGAGUAUGUCUUUUCUUCAUCCCGUUCUCCAAAAACAUCGGGCACCUUAUAGCGCCGAAUUUCGGACUAGGUUUUGCAAUUGGUAUGGUGGACUCGUCGAUGAUGCCGCACAUGGGAUACCUCGUGGACCUCCGUCACGUCUCCGUCUACGGCAGUGUCUACGCCAUCGCUGACGUCGCCUUCUGUCUUGGAUUUGCAAUAGGUCCAGCCAUAAGCGGUUCCAUUGUGCAGACAAUUGGUUUCUCGUGGUUACUGUGGAUCAUCGCCAUCGUCAACAUCUUGUACGCCCCCCUCAUGUACUUCCUGCGCAACCCCCAGGGCCGGGAGGAGAAGAUGUCGUUGAUCAUGAAUGACCAAUGUCCAGUGCAGUACGUGACAUACAACCAGACCACACGAAGCAACGCCAACUCGGACGAAGAAGAUGGGUACUUUGAAGAUUAACCGAGGGGACACAUUCGGAAUAGAUCAGAUUUUUCCGGGAACAAAAGGAAGUCUUGGACUUCCAACUGAUUACUAGUGUUGAAACACUGACGUUAGUUGGUGACUUUAAUAAGGAUACACGGAGCUGGGUGGGAUUGUAUCGGUUGGGUUGAAGAGAAUAUAAAAUAUUUAUGACUAGUUUGCGGAAGUUGGAUGGUUGUUUGUGGAUAGAAUUCAUUGCGUGGGCGACAGAUGUUGUCACUGAAAAACGUUGAAAAUACUCGAGGAAACGAUUUCGAGAUCUUUUGUUAAAAAUAUCUUUCCAGAACAGGCAUUAUGUUUAUUGCAAAUUAUGGAAGAUGGUGAAUUGUCAUCGAGUGGACUUGCAUGAAUUUGAAUGUAAUUAUUGUUGAUUAACCAAAUGUAUUGGAACGAGGACAUUGAUCAGGGCAACUGGCGUUGACUGGGUUGACUUUAGAACAGGAUUGUUCGUUAAUCCGUCGUCAUCUUGGUGUCCUCAUGUACAUUGCGGUGUAGACUAAACAAAUAGCAACAUGUUUCUAGGUGUUUGUGAAUACCUGUAGAUGCUUAGACUAGAGCAAACCCGCAGUUAGCCACGUUACCAUGGAAACCCGCAUAUAUGUUUAUAAACCCGUAUGUAUUUAUAUGAUGUAUUACGUGUACAUAGAUUUGUGAAAAUGAUAUCUACGUUUAUGUGAUGAAAAUAACUUAGAUUACGUAAUUAUAUUUAUAUUUCUGUAGAAGUUCAAGUUUCUGUAUCUUAUACCACGUGUCCGUUAACAUAGGGACUGUAUUUUACACUACUCCACAAAAAUAGGUUAACUGCGAUUAUCUUCCCAACAUAACUGCAACUGCUGCUACUUUGUCGUAUGGGAGUGGAACAACUCAGUUUAUCAAGGAACCUGUUUCAAGAAUGUUAAUAUUACAGAUAAUAUAAAUAUAAAUUAAAGUUUAUAAUCAAAAGCCUUAUAUCUCUUCUACCAUCAUCAGUAUUGGUGCCACGUCACUAAGAUAUAAUGAUUGUAAUGAUUCGAUUGAGUUCUGAUAACGGUCUUUUUUAGAUUAAGUUUGAUAUUAUUAAUUUUAAGUGGACUAUCCAGAAUAAAUACAGUUAAUCUCUGGUGACAGCUGUAGACUGUCAAUGCCCUAGUUCUUGUAAAUAACACUGGAUAUUUAAGACGGAUAUGUGCAGGCUCGAUCAUGGCCGAAGCGCGUCAGUAGACGGCCCAUAACGAGUGUUGAUAAUUGCCGUGGUAAGGUAGGACAAGUAUAGUAUGUUAUCUGUUGUAUUAAAAAUGGAUGACGAGCUUGUGAUAUAGUCUUGUUCGGGGCCCAGUGUAUUUGUUGACAUGUAGAAAUGUAUAGUAUAUAUGGUACAUGUGCAAACAAUAACAUGACAAAUCUAUGUAUCCUUAUUCAGGGCGGGGUAGGAACGUCAGAAGGUAUUAUAUUAAUUAGAAGAUUAUGUAUUGCCUGGUACAAAAAUCUCUGAUUACACGACAGUCCUUGUUGAUAACAAUACAGCGCCCUAAACAAGGAUAUGCAUCGUAAUAAUCUAGUUAGCCGGUGUAUGUAUACCAGGUAUUCUGUGUGUUUGUCAGCCUGUCACUAUAUGUAACACAUGUUCAGGGCUGAGGAACAGCUAUGCAGAAAUCCUCGUGAGGAUAAUAUAUCGUUGAAAUUAUACCAGAUAAAGUAAUUUUAGCCGAAUGACUGCCCUAUUCACGUUCAGGGCCAAAGGCACCACAGUAAGACCUUUAGAGAAGAUAUGUAAAAUCUCGAGAUGUCUGAUACAGCUUGUACAGCAGUCUCGCUUAUAUCCAUGUUCGUGGCCGAAUAGAGGAACAACAAGGCCCGUAAUGAGGAACUUUAAGAAUAGCGACUGUACAGUGUAUUAUAUACCAACAGGCGACAUCCCAGUGUGCUAUAGCAAUAACGUUGUUUAUGAAACCCUGUGCUUACAAGCGUUCCAUGUGAUAUUCCGUGUAGAUUACACCUGUACAGUGUACCUGUACAGUGUACCCAUCUGAAGUGUUGUGUGUACAGAGAGAGUGUGUAGAGGCUGAGCUGAUGCAGCUGCCCAGACGUUCCAAUAAAAGCAAAUCUCUACAUCUGA